AGCUUCCGGGUCACUUGCGGCCACGCGCGUGGAAACAGCAGCAAUGGUUUUAAAUAUCUCCGUUUAUUUAUUUUUGUUGUCUUAAGCACUUUUAGUGGAAACUUUGUAUUAUUAUUAUUAUUGUUAUUCGUGUAGUGUGACUAGCAGAUUGUGACGUCAUGGCACCGCCUCGGUCGAAGAAGCGGCGGCCGACAUUCCGCCGCCUGCUGAAGACGAGUAGUGUGAAGCUGGAGAAUAAGCUGAAGAACCGUCACUUCAAGCAGCAGAACAUCGCCAAGAAGCAGCGUAAAGAGCAGAAGAGGCUACGUCAGGCGGUGAAGUCCACCACGCUGUCAACGCCACGCCCACUGGAGACGUACAGGAAGAGACCCGAUGAGGAGGAGGAGGAGGAGUUUCUGGAUAGUUUGCCGACAGACAUGAUGGAGGAAGACGACCUGCAGCAGAUGAGGGCCAUGGCUCGCAAAGCUUCCUUCCUGACCAGAGACCUGUCAUCAUGCGAGCCAGUGCAUGGCAGCAAAAAAAGGAAGUCGGACCUGAUGCGGAGUUAUGAGAAGAUCCCCCGGAAGAUGGCAAGAACAGAGGAGAAGGAAGUGAUUCAUCUGCUGCCCAUCAAGGACAAGACGGGCAUCAUCCCGCAGAGCAUGGAGAAAGUUGUCAAACCACAGCCGACAGAAGAGGAAGAGGAUGAAGAACAAGUUGAAUUGGAAGAAACCGGUAUAGAUGGGGAAGAAGAGAGCACCGAGCAGCUCACAGAAGCAGAGCAAGAGAAAUUCAGAGUCCAGAAACUAAACAAGCGGAAGCUGGCCAUCGCGAACCUCGGUUCAGCCGUUGUUUCCGACCCCGUCAACAACAUUAAGCGUCUAAAGGAGCUGCGUGGGAUGAUGAUGGAGUCGGAUCCCUGUGUGGCAGUGACAGUCAGGAAGCUGGUGAUGGUUUCUGUGAUGGAGGUCUUCAAAGAUAUUGUUCCCACUUACAGGAUACGACCUUUAACACCAGCAGAGAAGGCCGCCAAGGUGAAGAAAGAGACUCAGCAGCUGCGAGAAUUUGAAGAAGGUUUGGUGAGUCAAUACAAGUUCUACCUGGAUGAUCUGGAUCAGACCAUCAGAGACUGGAAACAGAAGAAGAAGAAACGUGCUCAGGCGGUAGCUUUGGAGUCGUACUGCAGCCUGGCUGAAGUUGCCAUUCGUUGCCUGUGUGAGUUGCUGCUUGCUUUGCCUCACUUCAACUUCCAUAACAACAUUAUUGUCGUUCUCGUCCCGCUGAUGAACGACUCCCUCAAAAAGGUGUCUGCUAUGUGCUGCGAUGCGUUCAGGAAACUCUUUGAGCAGGACAAAUUGGGCGGAGCUACGCUGGCAGCUGUGCGAGUCAUUUCGGGCCUUGUCAAGAGCCUCAACUACAACGUGAAACCCGAGGUGCUGCAGACUCUGCUCAGUCUGCGGAUAAAGGAGGUGGAGCUGAAGAAGGACACGGAGGCCACGGCACCAAAGAAGAACUUCAUGAACAACAAAGAGAAGAAGAAGAACCUGUCCAGGAUGCAGAGAAAGUGGAAGAAAGCCGAGGAGAAGCUGGAGAAGGAGCUGCUGGAGGCUGAAGCCUCAGAGAGCAAAUUCAAGAAGAUUAAACUGCACACAGAGACACUGAAUAUCGUCUUCCUCAUCUACUUCAGGAUCCUGAAGAAAGCUCAGAAGUCUGUACUGCUGCCCAGUGUGCUCCAGGGACUCGCAAAGUUUGCUCAUCUGAUCAACCUGGAGUUCUUUGAUGAUCUGUUGAAUGUGCUGCAGAACCUCAUCCAAUCAGGAGAUCUGACCAAUCGUGAGACUCUGUUGUGCACCCAGACGGUGUUCACCAUUCUGUCUGGACACGGUGAUGUUCUGAACAUCGACCCACUGAAGUUUUACUCUCAGCUUUACAAAAUGAUGCUGAUGCUUCAUGCAGGGGAAUCUGAUAAUGACACCAUCAUCAUGCUGCAGUGCCUGGAUGCUAUGCUGACCCGCCGUAGGAAGCAGGUGACCCUGCAGAGGGCGAUGGCGUUCAUCAAGCGUCUGAGCACGCUCAGUCUGCAUGUUCUGCCAAAUGCUGCUGUGGGGAUUCUUGCUGUUAACCGGGUCACCAUGCAUUCAUUCCCUCGGUGUGACUUCCUGUUGGAUAACGAGGUUCAUGGCAGUGGACUCUACCUACCGGAACUCGACGAACCUGAAUACUGCAACGCUCAGAACACAGCACUGUGGGAGCUUCACACACUGCAGAGACAUUACCACCCGGUUGUGAGGCAGUUUGCCGUCCACCUGAGUGUCGGAGCGCUGAGUGAAGGGUCAGCGGCACUCGGCGUGGAGCUGAGCCGCAGGUCUCCAGUGGAGCUGUUUAAUGACUACAGUGACAAAGGAAUGACCUUUAACCCUCCUGUGGCUACACCCACCACAAAGAAGAAGGAACGACUUACAGAUGGCGCGACACUGCUGGACGCUGAGCUUCAGCAGCACGUGGAGAACAUUCUGACUGCUGCUAUCGCACAGCAGGCGGAGCUAGACUUUACCACAGUGCACAGACCAUUAAAGGGCAAGCAGUGACACAUGCAUGUGUGUUCUCCAUCACAUGCACUGACCUCAGCAGUGAUCACUGACAGACAAUAGAAACUGAAUAUUGCUUGACGUUCAGAAUAAAAGCUUUCAGUGUCUGUUUGACAUCAGAUCUGGGAACGUGUCCGUGCAGCAUGUUAACGCAGCCAACACACACCACCCCAGUUUCUGGAUGAUAACCACCUAGACAGAUGACCAGUCCAUCCCCACCUCUCCAAAAUAUCCAUCUGCUGCAGCUAGGUGAAACGGGCAUGUCCUUGGCCUGGUGGAAUGUGGACCCUUCUCUAUCCAUUGAGGUCCUCAACCCUGAGACACCUGUAUGCUGGAUCAUGUCCAGAGAAACGCAAUAGCUGAUGUUCCCUCUCACAGUGUCAGUGUUCUUCUCUUCUGAAUCUCACUAAGUAACUGUUCAUUUGACAAUCAUUCAAGCGGGACCUAGGGAUCCUCCAAAGAGACCUGCUACCAAAGACAUCCAGUCAUCACCUUGGAUCACUGGUUAGAGUGUUAAAUCUCACUGGUUUAUUUGCUAAAGGUCACGUCUGGCAGGUUCCAGGUAAGCGCUAGUACCUUCCACUGAAGUCAUUCCUCAUCCCACAAAAGUAGCAGCCAAGUCAAACUUUUGUCCAUUCUCUAGGGUCCUCAGUACUGAGUUUCUGAUGUGCUUGUACAUGCACCACAAGGCCAUUGUGUUGUGGUGUGUCUUACCCAAGUGACCCAAAAUAACUGCUGAUGAUUUAAAAACAAAAAGCACCAAAAAUAUCCAGUGUCAUGGGCAAGGACACGCCCACCUUUCACCUGGUUGCAGCAGAUAGAUGAUUACUUUGCAGAAGUGGGGGUGGACUGGUUGUCUGUCUGGGUGGUUGCCUUUCAGGACCCAAGUCAAUUCAGUACUCUGGACUGUGCAGUGAAGUGCAUCACCAGCACAUGCUGCCUGCCCUGAUGGUGACUAUUCAACUUGAACAUCAAGAGUUACAGUGGGGGACUUUUUCCUGACCACUAUGGCCUCCAUGCUUGUUCAGGGGGGUUGGUGAAGUUAGACCGUGCCCCUGUGAAGCGCCUUGGGGGGGGGACUUGUGUUGUAAAGUCUUAUUUUACAGUUUGUUUUUUACUUCAGAUGUGCUAAAUUCAAUGAAGAAUAGGAGUGAGACAUUGAUCAGUAGCAAAUGUUCACCAAUAGGUGGCAGCAAAACUCCAACUUCCAGCCAAACAGAAUCUCUUUGGGAUGUAAGUUUGAGUUUUUUAGCUGAGGUCAGUCUGGUUCAGCUCGCUGGUCUCAUGACUCCACUCACCAGCAGCUGUUUUUUUAGCCAUCAUGAAAAUAAGGGGGGGGGGGGGGAAUCCUCUGUGUAAUUUGUAACUGAUGAGCAGGGUCUGGCUGUAUGGACGCUCAGGUUUUGGGCCCGGUUAUAUUAUUUUGGAAGGCUUGCUGAGAGCUGAUUGGUGCAGAUGUGCUGCCAUAAAGAGAAAAAACAUGCGCACACAUUCCUGGUCUCCCUGCUGUUGAUGUGAAGCAGCAAAUCAGAUGCUGGUUCACAUCGUCCAGCUGUUUUCCCAUUUUCGGUCAAAGUCCAGCUGCUGAAUGUAGAAGUGUUUAUGUGUCUCUCUGAGGACCAAAGACGCCACUCAUGCAAAGGUCUUCAAACGUAUCAUACUGAGAGAUGUGUAUCAUCUCAGCCCUACAGGCCCGUUGUUCAUCUUUCAGCUGCCCCUGUUUUGUUCACGGUCGACACAGUGGAUCCGGUACAGAUCCACGCUGGGAUUUGGCACAGGUUUUACGCUGGAUGCCCUUGGUGAUGCACCUCAUUUUACCUGGAGUGGCACAUACAGCCUCUGGUCUUCCUGAAAUGUCUCCACACAGGAGCACAUGGUCUGUGUCAUUUCUGUGUGGGAGAGGCUGGGAUGACACCGAGCCUUUGUGACAUCAUCAGUGACCUCUGUCUUUCAGAGAAGGAGAGACAGACGGACGUUAUGGCAAUACGGAUGCCUUGUUUGUCAUGCUGAUAACGCUGUUUGAAUUUGAGACCCCCUAAGACUAUGUGAUCCUGAAGAUUAAACUGUAUAAUUGAAAUGGACUUUAUUAUUUAGACAUCAGAAGUUUAUUUCAUCAUGACCCGGUCUCAGAUAAGUGGCAGAAAAUGAAUGAAUGAAUAAUCCUGAUUUACUAUAUUUGAUACAAUUCUUUUUCUUCUGUACUUAUUGUAGUACUUUUUUUCUGUAUUAUUUAAAUAUUGAUACUUUGGCAAAACGUUUUUUUAGAAACUUUCAUGCCAAUAAAGCUUUUUUUAUGGAAUUGAAAUUCAGAGACACGCAGACAGAGGCAGUGUUCUGCUUUGCAUGCCUGCUGAGAUCUGACUGCUGAGUGAUGUGCAGCUCUGACACCAAUAUAGUGUGUGUGUAUACAAGUAUAUAUAUAUAUAUAUGUAUAUAUAUGUGUGUGUGUGUGUGUAUACAACUGCAUCAGGAAAAUAAAUGUUGAUAAUUUUUCUCGA